AUGGCAACGGGCUCGAGUUGGCGGCCAUCUUCGCAGAAGCCGUUCGACGGCUGUGCCUUCUGCCGCACCAACGGAGAGCGCCGCCCUUUCUACAUGAGUCAUGCCCUGCGUGAGGACAGCGGCCCUCGGUUCAAGGGUCGCGUCACCUGUCCCGUGCUGCGCUCCUACCAGUGUCCCCAGUGCGGAUGUCCCGGAGGAGACGAAGCCCACACGCUGCGUUACUGUCCCCUGAACGAGGAAAUCGCCCCGUCGGUGUACAAGACACCGCGCAAGUCGAACGGACAGCUUCGCUGGAGUCCUCGCGCAGCUGACGGAUCACGAUGCUUGGACUGCCAAGGCACGCCGUCGCCGCGCGUCGCCGGUCGUUGGGCCGAGCCAAGGAAACCAUCGAAGUCGCGAGUGUGCCCUCGUGACUGCGAGAACUUGAAAUAA